AUGUCUUCGUCUCCGUCGGCGGACAGCUCUGCCCCGCACCUCCGCAAGCCCCUUGUCACUAGCAAGGGCGCGGGCGGCGACAUGUCCAUGAUGUUCUUCGCCCAGCCUGACUGCCCCGCGAGGUUUGCCCACCAGGACGAGCACCGCAUCAGAGGCCUUAACGCCGAAGCCAUCGCCCGAGUCCUCCUGCCGGUGCCCUCGUGGCUGCUAGAGUCGGACUGGUCCGAGCAGUGGUUCUUUAUGAGCGGCCGCGUUCACCCCUACGCCCUCUCCUGGGAGGUGGAGCGCCGCGACGGGCUCGAGGCCGGCCCGGACGAUACUAUUCUCUACCCCGUGCCCGCCCUUAUCGUCCGCGACCAAGGUUACCAGCCCGUCCUGCCGCGCUCCUUGGCCUCUAGCGGCCAGUUCCCGUCUACGCCUCCCGUUGUCUCCUUCCAUGGCGUCGUAGCCGGGCCCGGCCUCGACCUCCUGCGUCGAGAUUUCCUGCCCAAUCUCGGGCCCGACCAGCUCCGCUGCUGCGGCUUCCCUAACUCUUCCUUCCUGCCCGGCGUCCCCUUUACCUGCACCGGAAAGGUCGUCGGCCUUCUCGACCACCGCGUUAUGCUCUCCCCCCCGGGCUCGGAGCGCGAUUACGUCUUUAUCAUCGUCCCGGACAGCUGGACCUUUGUCGAUAGGCCCUCGGCCGCCGCCGCCGCCUCGGCUUCCCCCCUCGCUACGCCCCUUAGGCGCCAGACCCCAUCCGCCUCCUCUACCUUCGAUUCCGUCCGCGCCGCCUUGUACUCCGUUGCCGCGCCGGCCUCGGCCACGUCGGGGCCCCCUUCCUCGGCCUCGGCCCCGACCGCCCCCGACCCCGUCACGCCGCCGCCUAAGCGCUCCCACCCGGCCCUUGCCGAUACGCCCAUGAAGAGGGCGCGCUUACUACAGCUGCAGCAUUCGCCGCCUUCUUCGUCUUCGGACACCGUCGGUCCCGCCGCCCCCUCCUCCUGUCCCCCGCCAGCCGCUUCUUCGUCUCGACUGGACGGCAUCCCGCCCGCUCCCGCUCCGGCCCCCCCGCCUUCCCUUCUCGACUCUAUCGUCGCGAGCACCUCCGACCCGCCCGCUCGCCCUCUCCGCUAUCGCAUGCAGAAAUAA